UCAAUCAACAAUUUUAAGUACAUUUAAUAACAAUCAGACUGAAGUUGAUCCGAUGGCUUCUGUAAUAAGAAAUAUUAUAUUUAAUUUCAAUGAGUUGGAGACAAAUAAAUUGAGACAUUUAUUCACAUCAACCGCUUAUAUGAGAGAUCCAGUCUUGAAGAAAACAUCAAAAGCCGACACAUAUACCGAUGCUUUCAAUGUACUGCAAACGCGAUCAGACAUCAAAUGCCGAAAAAUUAUACAAAUGUGUAAAACUAUGGCUCAAUUCAAAGAGUUGUGUGAAGACGACAAAAUCAUUUUACUGAAGGCCUCGUGUCCUGAGAUUAUUUGCUUGCUUUCUGUACUCACCUUUAAUUUUGAGGGUGAGUUCUGGACGGUUGCCAUUGACUCCGAGAAUGGCGUUAUGUUACCAUUAAAUGUAUUAAAGUGGGAGAACUUGAACUUCUAUGUCAUACUCAAGCAGUUUAUGAUUACAAUUAAAGGGGAAUACGAUUCCGAUAUGAGUCUCAUUGAUUUGUUAAUGGCAAUCAUACUCUUUAAUCCCAAUCGACCCGAUUUGAAACAUAAAGAGAUCAUUAAACUCCAACAGAAGACUUACAUGUAUUUACUUCAACGCUAUUUGGAGUUAAAACACAACUCUAAGAGUGAAUCCGAGACCCGAUUCUUGCGAUUAAUGAAUUGUUUGAAUGAAUUAUAUUUUACGACCCAUAAUAUGAUUAGCACUGUUAGUGAGGCCCUAAAUAAUAAUCCCAGGCCUGAAUCCCUAUACGCUGAGAUAAUUGCACGUAUUUUCCAUAACCUUCAGGAAUACCUAAACCUUUAA